AACCCGGCACUGGUGGAUGCUCCACUGUCUCUCCAGCUCGCCGUCAACUCUCCGCCCAAAACCUCCAUCAAGACGUCUGGAGCCACGGUUGUCAUGACUGCCAUCGUCAAUGUGAUGGUGCUGCCUCCAGGUCAGCCUCCGGUUCAGCUGAGCAGCAUGACCAUGGAGACCAAGUUCAAUGCCAAAGUUUCCAUGAGAGGAAAACGUCUGUCUGUUCACGCUGACCUACGCAGGUUUGCAUGUUUCACUUCUUUGUUUCUGCAACAUGUUCAUUAAAUAUCAGAUUGGCCUAACCCAGUCGCCCCACACUCACUCGAUUGUGUUUGCACAUUGAAAUCUGUAGCAAGAUUUUUUUCCUGUAGCAAUAUUUGAAUCUUGAUCUUCCUUACUGUGAAAAUCAAUCAGUCUCAAGUUUCAAGUUUUAUUUUAUCCUAUAUAUGUAAGAGUGGCACAUCACUACCAGCAAAGAAAUUCUUAGGCUCAGAGCCCCCUCAAUAUUUCAUGUAGAAAAAAAGCAAAAUUGCACACAAGGUAAUACUAAUACAAAACACAGUAUAUCCUUGUAACUCCUUGGCUCUUGAGGGAGGCGGCCGCACUUUCUCUCUCUCCCUUAUCUUCCCUGCUGGGCUUCUCAUGUCUUUUAUAUAGUCUCGAUUAUUCUCUAACCCAGGGGUCGGCAACCUUUCUGAUGAUGAGUGCAUCUAAAAUUUCCUCAGAAGUCAGUGUGCCAUAUGACUGCAUUAGCAAUAAAUUUAAUAA